GAUGUGAACUCCUCUUUACUGGCUCCACCAUGUCAGUAAUAGGCAGAACAGAAGGCGUGAAACCAAAAAACAAAGGCGUGGAGGAAGGUAAUGACUUUAGCUUGGAGUUUAGGCGUUAAAAAGAAGUGGAAAGAGAGGAAAGGACAGUCAGGGCUCUGAAGCUGAUUGGUAGUUCUCUCUUCUUCAGUAAUGGUGGUUUUGAAAGCUGGGAGUAGACCUCCAUGGAUCGGUCUCGGAGCUGCUGUCUGGGUUCAGGUAGCAGCUGGAAAUGCUUACAAUUUUCCUCUCUACUCGCCUUCCUUGAAAUCCGUACUGGGUUUCAAUCAGCAGCAGCUGACCAUUCUUGGAGUUGCCAAUGAUAUCGGAGAGAAUUUUGGUCUCCUUCCGGGUGUCGUCUGCAAUAAGUUGCCCCCUUGGGUUGUUUUGUUGAUCGGUACUCUAUCAUGCCUUUUGGGUUAUGGAGUUCUCUGGCUUGCUGUAAGCCAAACUGUUCAGUCUUUGCCUUUCUGGUUGUUAUGGAUUGCACUUUGUAUUGCCACUAAUAGCAGCGCAUGGUUGGGAACUGGCGUGCUUGUAACCAACAUGAGAAACUUCCCUCUUAGUAGAGGAACUGUUGCAGGUAUUCUCAAAGGUUAUGUGGGAAUCAGUGCUGCAGUAUACACAGAAAUCUACAGUGCAGUGCUUCUGAACUCUGCUUCAAAGCUCUUGCUGUUCCUUACACUUGGUCUUCCAGUAAUUUGCUUGGCAAUGCUGUAUUUUGUUAGACCUUGUACUCCAGCUUCUGGUGAAGACUCUGCUGAACAUGGCCAUUUUCUUUUCACUCAAGCUGCUAGCAUUGUUCUUGGCAUCUAUCUUCUUAUAACCACAGUGUUGGUUGAUGUGCUUUCUCUAAGUUCUCCCAUUUCCUAUACAUUUGUUGUUGUAAUGGUUCUGCUUCUUAUGGCACCACUUGCAAUCCCUGUAAAGAUGUCAUUGUUCCGAGCUAAUCCCAAGAAACCUGUAUUACAUAGCCAUGCAGUUGGUUCCUCAGAUUCUCUGUUUCCAGGAGAAGAUGGUUCAGACAAAAUUGAGCCAUUGCUAACUCCGUCUUCAUCAACAACAAAUGUUGGAAGUUUCCUAGAAAGCGAUGAUGCUUCAGACAUUGACAUACUUCUGGCUGAAGGGGAGGGGGCUGUCAAGAAGAGGAGGCGACCCAAGAGAGGGGAGGAUUUCAAAUUCCGAGAAGCUAUUAUAAAGGCAGACUUUUGGCUUCUCUUCUUGGUUUACUUUCUUGGAGUUGGGUCUGGUGUAACUGUUCUAAAUAACUUGGCACAAAUUGGGACUGCACUAGGCGUCAAUGAUACAACAAUUCUGUUGUCUCUCUUCAGCUUUUGCAAUUUUGUGGGUCGUCUUGGUGGUGGUGCUGUUUCUGAGCAUUUUGUUAGGUCAAAGAUGAUCCCUCGAACAGUAUGGAUGACAUGCACGCAAGUAGUGAUGAUUGUGACAUAUCUUCUUUUUGCUUCAGCUCUUAAUGGUACCCUCUAUGCUGCGACUGCAUUACUUGGGAUCUGCUAUGGGGUUCAGUUCUCUAUCAUGGUGCCAACUGCUUCUGAGCUUUUUGGGUUGAAACACUUUGGUAUUAUUUACAAUUUCAUGUUGCUAGGCAAUCCUCUUGGUGCAUUCCUCUUCUCGGCCUUGCUUGCAGGUUAUGUAUAUGACAAAGAGGUUGCAAAGCAGCACGGUUUGAAUCUGCUAGGCUCUAGUGCCUCUUGCCUUGGUCCUAAUUGCUUCAGGUUAACCUUCCUGGUUCUAGCUGGUGUUUGUGGUCUAGGCUCUAUACUGAGCAUAAUCCUGACUAUGAGAAUAAAACCUGUUUAUCAAAUGCUUUAUUCUGGAGGUUCAUUCCGGAUCCCUCAAAAUUCAAACCAUUGAGAUCAUCUUAAUGAAGGGCUAGGAGUUCGCUAUCUCCUUGGAAUAUUAAUAUUGAGGCAAAACCGUAAAACCACUGAGGGCGCACCUUUCAGCUUAGCUUCUUCAGUUACAGCCCUAAAUUUCAAGUCAUUCUAGCUGUUUCAAAAAUUCAAAUCAUUGAUAUUAUCUAUGUCUUUCCUGUUCAUUUUAUAAGGUUCAACAUGAUGGAAUGGUAGAGCUCCAGUUUUCCCUGAAAAAGUGUUCCUGUUUUUCUGGAUUAAUAAUCAAAGGGACUAUUUUUUUGUUGUAGUUAGAUGUAUCUACCAUGUUUCAAGUGUAGAAAGUCAUGUUUCCAACUUGUUGUAAAUGUUAUAUAUGGACGUAAAUUUUGAGAUAGAUCGAUUAAAGUA